AUGAAUUUCUACACAGGAAUUGUCAGCAUCCAGGCAUUCCAUAAAAUAUUUGAAAUUUUGUGGCCAUAUGUUUUACAAGCAACAUAUUGGAGAGGUGUUGCACAUUUAAAGGUGGUUUCUACUAAAGUGCGUCGACAUUUUAAACCAAACGUUUUGAGAAAGCUGUCACACAAAAAUGAGUUUCUUCUUACCUUGAUGCGAUUAUGUUUGGGAAUAUUAAAUGAGGACUUAGCUGACCCUUUUGGAAUUAGCCAAACCAUUUGUUCAAACACAUUUAAAACGUGGAUUAGAGUAAUGAGUAUGACACUUGGAAAUGCCCUAGUGAAUUGGAUACCAAAAGAAAGUGUUAUGGAUCAUAUGCCUGAUAUGUUUAAAAGACAGGGUUAUGGAAAAGUGCGUUGUAUAUUCGAUUGUGCCGAAGUUUUUAUUGAAUGUUCGAAAUCUUUAGAAAUGCAAGCUGUUACAUGGUCAGAGUACAAACACUAUAACACAUUUAAAUUUCUGAUUGGUAUUUCUCCAACAAGGUACAUCACUUUCUUGUCCCAUUGUUAUGGAGGUAAACAAGGCAAGUUUAUAGUUAAUGACAGUUGUUUUUAUGACAAACUGGAUUAUGGGGACUAA